AUGGAAACAACUAAUGCUAUCGCAGAUACAACCACAAAUAAUAAUAAUAAUAAUGAAGAAAUAAAUAAAGUUGAAAAAGAUAUAAAUAAUGAACAACCAAUAACCACCACAACCACAACCACCAACACAGAUUUAAACGAAAAUAAACAAGAAGAAUCUACAGAUAAAAUUCAUGUCCCAAACAGCACACUAUUCAGUUUAGUUCUUUUUAAUUUACCAAAAUAUAUGGAUUUAAAGAAAUUCAAUAAAUUUUUAGAACAAAAUAAGGUGCCAUACAAGAAAACAAAAAAGAUAGUUAAAGAAUCUUUUGGUGUUAUUAGUUUUGAUUCAGUUGAAGUUAGAGAUAAGUUUUUAGAAAAAUUAAAUGGUUUUGAAAUGGGAACUAAAAAAUUAAAAUGUGAAAUUAAAGAAGAAAAAGCAGAUAGAAUGAAAAGAAAAUUCAAUGAACAAAAUGAUGACAGAGAAAGCAAGUUAAAGACAAUUGAAGAGAUUGUAUGUCCAUGGUACAAUAUACCAUAUGAAGAGCAAUUGCAAAAGAAGAAAGAACAAAUUAUAAAUAUUUUAAUCAAUAUAAAGAGUGAAACUAGAAAAGACAGUUUACAUAAUCUGCCAUUUUGGUUGGAAAGACGUGACAAAACUAGAGAAGAAAAGAUGUGUUGUCCAUUAGAAGAAAUCAUUGCAUCACCCACUAUUCAAAACUAUCGUAAUAAAGCUCAAUAUACCAUCGGUUUAGAUGAAAAUAAUGUUCCAUGUGUUGGUUUUGCAUUAGGACGUACUGGUAAUGGUGUUACCAUUGUUGCCGAUCCAUCCAAUGCACCAUUAAUCUCAACUCGUUCAAAUGAAAUUCGUCGUUUAUUCAACGAUUACAUCAUCUCACAUCCACGUAAGCCAUUCGAUAAGAAUACACACGAGGGUUUUUGGCGUCAAUUAACCGUUAGAGAUUUCAGCACUGGUGAAUCAAUGGCAACUGUUCAAUUUAACCACAAGGGUUUAAGUGAAGAAGAAAUCAAUAAGGAAAAGGACAAUUUAAAGAAAUUCUUUGAAUCUUUACCAGCCGAUAAACAAUUGACCUCUUUAUCAAUUCAAUUAUAUGAUGGUAUUUCAAAUGCUGCACCAGUAGAUUUACCAACUGAAACUAUUAUGGGUCCAAAUUAUAUUCACGAAAAACUUUUGGGUUAUACCUUCCGUGUUUCACCAAAUGCCUUUUUCCAAGUUAACACAAAAGCUACAGAGCUUCUCUACUCUAAAGUAUUAGAAUGGGCCGGAGUUAGCGAGAAUACUCAUCUUUUAGAUGUUUGUUGUGGUACAGGUACAAUUGGUCAAUGCGCAAGUAAAAAAGUAAAAUGCAUCACCGGUUUAGAAAUUUCACCAGAUGCUAUCACCGAUUCAAUCUCAAAUGCCCAACUCAAUAAUAUCACCAAUGCUGAAUAUACAUUAGGCAAGGCUGAAGAUACAUUACCAUCAAUGCUCACUAAAUUUUCAAAAGAUGAAGAGUUUAUUGGUAUCGUCGAUCCACCAAGAUCUGGUUUACACAAUGAUGUACUUAAAGCAAUUCGUUCAUUCGAGCCAAUGAAAAAAUUAGUUUAUGUUUCAUGUAAUCAAAAAUCACUCGUUCAAGAUUCAAUUAAACUCUGUAAAGGUAUUUCAAAGGCAAUGAAAGGAACACCAUUUAUACCAACUAAAGCCAUAGCAUUCGAUCUUUUCCCUCACACAGAUUUAGUAGAAUUGGUUGUAUUAUUUGAAAGAUAUAAUGAAGAUAGUGAUAAAAAAUUAAAUAAAGAAGAUGGUGAAAUUCAAGAAGCUAAUUCAAAAAAUAAUAAUAACAAUAAUAAAGAUAUAAAUGAAGACGAUAAAAAGAGAAAGAGAGAAGACGAUGGCAACACCAACAAUAACGAAAAUAAUGAAAAUAAUAGUAACAAAGAAAUAAAAUUAGAAUAAUAAAAUAAUAAUUAAUUUAAAAAAUUUAUAAAUUAUAAAUAAAAAUAAGUAAUAAUAAUAAUAAUACUAUUAAUUAUUAAUUUUUAAAAUUU